AUGAAGAAGAACGAGGAUGCGGCGGCGAAGAAGAAGCCAAAGACAAGUGCUGCUCAAAUCCGCGUACAGAAAGACCUUACUGAACUCGAGCUGUCCUCAACAAUGAAGACGCAUUUCCCUGAUCCAGUCGAUCUCCUCAACUUCACGCUUACUAUCACCCCCGACGAAGGGAUGUACAAGGGGGGUUCUUUCAAUUUCUCCGUGAACAUCAACACCAACUACCCGCAUGAACCCCCAAAAGUCAAAUGUACACAGACGAUAUACCAUCCCAAUGUAGAUCUGGAGGGGAAUGUUUGCUUGAACAUUCUGCGUGAAGACUGGAAGCCCGUGCUGAAUUUGAAUUCCGUGCUCGUUGGGCUCCAAUAUCUCUUCCUGGAGCCAAAUGCAGAUGAUCCACUCAACAAAGAGGCUGCGGAGGAGCUACGAAAGAAUCGUGAACAAUUCCUUCACAACAUCAAGACUUCCAUGAAAGGUGGGAACAUUAGAGGUGUGCAGUAUGAUAGGGUGCUCGUACAAUGA